AUGGGACCUCCGGCUCCGAUGCGGAAUAUGCUCCAUUCGUAUGGAAGGCAGGCACUCUUGGUGUCUUUUGCCGCAGCGGUCGCCUCCACGGCCGUUUUCUACUUUGGAUAUGUUCAAAGACGCCACGACAAAUACGAGGAAUUCUUCAAGAACUAUGACCCUUACGCCCGGAUGAAGGAAAUUUGCGCUUCAAACAAGGGCUACAUGCACACCUGCCCUCAAGAACUGGCCAAAUUCUACGAGGAGAAGGGCAAACCAAUCGCCGACCUU